AACCAGCCCUUGCCUGUUGGCUGCUAGUAGAGACCCUUACCGCCAGGCCAAGGUCCUUCCUUCACUGCCGGUUGCGUGUUUUACAUGUUAGCGUAUAAGUUGAGGCAUUCAGCUCUAGUGCCUAACGCGCCCACGAAUACUUAUCCCAGCCAAAGACAGGAGUGAGUCCGAGGCACAACCACUAUCAACAUAGUAACGCAACACAUUGUUGCAAGUAUCAAAAAUCUCGCCACAAUCUUGACAGUCUGUGCGAAUGCUUGAUGCAAGCUAGAUUUUCCCCCCUUUAUCGCCGUCAAUCCUGAAACUUACAUAUACAAAUCAUGAAGUCAGUGGUUGUUCAAGGCCAUAUAACUGGCAUGGAAAGCUUUGUGUAGCCCACCCUACUGGAUGAGAUCGACGAUACUGUGGAAUAUGGAGCGAUCUCUACCGCUUCAACAUACACCAGGUGCUCUAAAGAUGGAGACGAUGAUGCAACAGCGCGAUGCUAGACAACCAGGGUUGCGUUUGUAUCAGCGGAUGUUAUGCUUGGCCAAACAGUGUAUGGCUAUGGCUUCUCGAGGUGAAAUAUCUUACCUAGAAAAGCCCCUGAAUCCUCACAUUGAGACAUACGAUCCCGAUUUAAGGAGCUGCUCUGAGGCCGAGACUCGUCGGUGGUAUCAGUUAGAAAAAGCCCACAUGAUAAAAAGGUCUGACUGGCGUUCUCAACGACAAAGACGUGAUAUGAACGUGCCUACGGACGAAGAUGUUCAAAAUCGGUACGGGCUGUGUUACGAAACUCGACGAGUACCGAGGAAUACCUCUUGUCGUGGUCCCGAUCACCACGCUGUAAUCGAGGCCAAGGUCAUUGCCGACAAUAUCAAGGCCGUAAUCACUUACAAAGAAACCAUCAAGAGCGCCGAGUUGGGCACCCUUCCUUGCAUAUUCUGCAUUCAUGGUGGCAAUCGUUAUGGAGGCACCCCUUAUUCGGGAUUAUUUGAGCGAGCCAAGGAGUGGACCAACCUUUUCCAGGCAAUUGUAGUCAGCGUGGACUAUCGCCUAUCACCGAAUCAGUCGGACGGGUCACCUACAGGAGAAGAACCUACAAAUGAUUGUUUUGAUGCUUUGACAUGGAUCUAUCAACAUCUCGGCGCGGAUGGGGAUCCCGUUCUAAAAUACGGCGAUCGGAAAAAGGUUAUCCUUUUUGGAACUUCGGCUGGAGGUGGCUUGGCGGCGUCGACAGUUCUGAAAUGGUGCCACGAACAGCGUGAAGGCUCUUGUGGGACACUCGGUGAUCUCCAUGGUUUGCUCCUGGAAGCACCUCAGCUCGAUGAUCGGUGCAACACACAGUCACAUGAGGAAUUUAAGAAAGGUAAUAUGUUCACAUCACAAGAUGCAAUAGAAGGGUGGAAGGCCUCGCUCGGCGCGCGUAGGGGAACGGAAAACGUCAGCAUAUUUGAGGCUCCGGCUCGGGCCUCGGCGGCGGAUGUUAAGGGUUUCCCCCCAUCUUACAUCGAUGUAGGAACGGCGGAACCUUUCAGAGACGAGGCGGUGGAUUUCUAUAACAUGCUCCGUAGUGCUGAUGUUGAGGUCGAGAUGAAAAUCUGGCAGGGAGGCUUUCAUGGAUUCUUCGCAGCUGAGCCCGACGCGCUUAUUUCGAGGGUUUGUAAUCUCACGAAACUGAAAUGGCUUUGUCGACGACUGGGGGUUCAGAACAAGGGAAUUGACGACGAGUAUGAAGAGGUGAGGGCCGCUUAUGAAAUUAGGUCUAGGGGGAUGGUUUGAUGAUGAGGAGGAGGAGGAAUAUAAAUCAAGCUGUAGAAAUCUAAAAAAACGAUUCGAUUACCUACGAAUAAGAAUCAGGGAGGUAGUUAACGGAUUUAUGAAUUUAUGUCAUCCUAAAAUUAAAA